AAAAAAUGAAAAAAGGCCGAAAGAAAGAAGGGAUUUGGAAGGACGUUAUCUUAUUUUAAGAAGAGUCGCUCGACUCGGCCACCCAACUCUCAGUCAAAUCACACACGCUCACGCAAUUUGUAGAAAGAAAGAAGAGAGACAGAGAGAGAAAGAUGGAAUUUUGAGGAAUAUAAAGGGGGUAGUUGGGAACUACUACGAGAGAGGCGUGGGCAGAUAUCACGUGGCACUCCCUUUAAAGCCGUUAACACCCAACCCCCUCUUUUCCCAUCUCUCUCUCUCUCUCUCUCUCUCAUACAAUGCAUACAUAUGCAAUCUUGUUGAAUUUUCAAGCGUGAGAAAAAAGAGGGAUUCUUUUUUCUUACUUCUACAGUGUCUGGGUUCUCAUCCUCGUCUCUCAGAAUGUCUGAAGCCCAAAGGGGACCAAUUAUGGCUGAAGUUUGGCGUGGGAAUGGGUUCGCAAACGGGAAGGUCCAAAUUAGGCAUCCGACAACGUUAUCGAAAGUGGAUGAAUUCUGCACAGCACUCGGCGGGAAGACGCCUAUCCACAGUAUCUUAGUUGCAAACAAUGGAAUGGCAGCAGUCAAAUUUAUGCGUAGUAUCAGAACAUGGGCUUAUGAGACAUUUGGAACUGAAAAGGCCAUUUUGUUGGUGGCCAUGGCGACUCCAGAAGACAUGAGAAUCAAUGCAGAACACAUUAGAAUCGCCGAUCAGUUUGUUGAGGUUCCAGGUGGCACCAACAAUAAUAACUACGCCAAUGUGCAACUCAUUGUGGAGAUGGCGGAGAUAACACAUGUAAAUGCUGUUUGGCCUGGUUGGGGCCAUGCAUCUGAGAACCCUGAACUGCCAGAUGCAUUGAAUGCAAAGGGAAUAAUAUUUCUUGGGCCUCAAGCUUCAUCGAUGGCUGCAUUGGGAGACAAAAUCGGUUCGUCUCUGAUUGCGCAAGCAGCAGGCGUUCCAACACUUCCAUGGAGUGGCUCACAUGUAAAAAUUCCUCCAGAGAGUUGCUUGGAAAGUAUCCCAGAGGAAAUCUAUCGAGAAGCUUGUGUUUAUACAACGGAAGAAGCAGUGGCCAGUUGUCAGGUGGUGGGUUAUCCAGCCAUGAUCAAGGCAUCCUGGGGUGGCGGUGGUAAAGGGAUAAGAAAGGUUCAUAAUGAUGAUGAAGUGAGGGCCUUGUUCAAGCAAGUUCAGGGUGAAGUUCCUGGCUCUCCGAUAUUUAUAAUGAAGGUUGCUUCCCAGAGCCGGCAUUUGGAAGUGCAGCUACUUUGCGAUCAGUAUGGCAAUGUUGCAGCGUUGCACAGCCGUGAUUGCAGUGUUCAGAGGCGACAUCAAAAGAUUAUUGAGGAGGGUCCAAUUACAGUAGCCCCGCCUGAGACGGUGAAACAGCUGGAGCAAGCCGCAAGGAGGCUUGCUAAGUGUGUAGGUUAUGUUGGGGCAGCAACUGUUGAGUAUCUGUACAGCAUGGACACUGGCGAGUACUAUUUCUUAGAGCUCAAUCCAAGGUUGCAGGUGGAGCAUCCGGUCACCGAAUGGAUAGCUGAAAUAAGUUUGCCAGCGGCUCAAGUUGCGGUGGGAAUGGGGAUUCCUCUCUGGCAAAUUCCUGAAAUCAGGCGUUUUUAUGGAAUGGAACCUGGUGGAGGGUAUGAUGCCUGGAAGAAAACAUCAAUCAGUUCCACCCCGUUCGAUUUUGAUAAGGCAGAUUCGGUGAAGCCAAAAGGUCAUUGUGUAGCUGUGCGUGUAACAAGUGAAGAUCCUGAUGAUGGUUUCAAGCCUACUAGUGGAAAAGUACAGGAACUGAACUUUAAAAGCAAGCCGAAUGCAUGGGCAUAUUUCUCAGUGAAGUCUGGAGGAGGAAUUCACGAGUUCUCUGAUUCUCAAUUCGGGCAUGUUUUUGCUUUUGGAGAGUCUAGAGCAUUAGCAAUAGCUAACAUGGUCCUUGGGCUAAAGGAGAUCCAAAUUCGAGGAGAAAUCCGCACAAAUGUUGAUUAUACCAUUGAUCUUUUACAUGCUUCAGAAUACAGAGACAACAAGAUCCACACAGGCUGGUUGGACAGGAGAAUUGCGAUGCGGGUCAGGGCUGAGAGGCCUCCUUGGUACAUUUCAGUUGUCGGAGGAGCUCUUUUUAAAGCAUCAGCUAGUAGUGCAGCUCUGGUCUCUGAUUAUGUUGGUUAUCUUGGGAAGGGGCAAAUCCCACCCAAGCACAUAUCCCUUGUCAACUCUCAAGUUUCUUUGAACAUUGAAGGAAGCAAAUACACGAUUGAAAUGGUAAGGGGAGGACCAGGCAGCUAUAGAUUACGGUUGAACCAAUCAGAGAUUGAAGCGGAGAUUCAUACCUUGCGUGAUGGAGGUCUAUUGAUGCAGUUGGAUGGAAACAGUCAUGUGAUAUAUGCAGAAGAAGAAGCAGCUGGUACUCGCCUUCUCAUUGAUGGAAGGACUUGCUUAUUACAGAAUGAUCAUGAUCCUUCCAAGUUAGUUGCUGAGACACCGUGCAAGCUGCUUCGUUUUUUAGUUCCGGAUGGUAGUCAUGUGGACGCGGAUGAACCAUAUGCAGAGGUUGAGGUUAUGAAGAUGUGCAUGCCUCUUUUGUUACCUGCUUCUGGAAUUAUUCAUUUCUUGAUUUCCGAAGGCCAGGCAAUGCAGGCUGGUGCUCUCAUAGCAAGGCUUGAUCUCGAUGACCCUUCAGCUGUAAGAAAAGCAGAACCAUUUCACGGAUGCUUCCCUGUCCUGGGCCCUCCUACUGCAGUUUCUGGAAAGGUUCACCAGAGAUGUGCUGCGAGUUUAAAUGCUGCCCGGAUGAUUCUUGCAGGCUAUGAGCAUAAUAUCGAUGAAGUUGUGCAAGAUUUGCUGAACUGCCUGGACAGUCCUGAGCUCCCUUUCCUACAAUGGCAAGAGUGCAUGGCGGUCUUAGCAACCCGCCUUCCAAAGGAUCUACGAAACGAGCUGGAUGCAAAGUUCAAGGAGUAUGAAGUGAUCUCAAACUCCAAGAAAAACAUAGAUUUUCCAGCUAAAUUAUUGAGAGGGCUUCUUGAGGCACAUCUCUUGUCCUGUCCUGAUAAAGAAAGAGCUACCCAAGAAAGGCUUGUGGAGCCUCUAAUGAGUCUUGCCAAGUCAUAUGAGGGUGGAAGAGAAAGUCAUGCCCGUGUUAUUGUGCAGUCCCUUUUUGAGGAAUAUUUAUCCGUUGAAGAACUUUUUAGUGACAACAUUCAGGCGGAUGUAAUUGAGCGCCUUCGGCUUCAAUAUGAGAAGGACCUCCUGAAGAUCGUGGAUAUUGUGCUAUCUCAUCAGGGUGUUCGGAGUAAAAAUAAGCUGAUACUACGACUUAUGGAAGCCUUGGUUUACCCUAAUCCAGCUGCCUACAGGGAUAAACUGAUCCGGUUUUCUGCUCUCAAUCAUACAGUUUACUCUGAGUUGGCACUGAAAGCAAGCCAGCUGCUCGAGCAAAACAAAUUGAGUGAACUCCGAACGAACAUUGCUAGAAGCCUCUCAGAGCUAGAGAUGUUUACAGAGGAAGGUGAGCAUGUACACACACCCAGGAGAAAAAGCGCAAUUGAUGAGAGGAUGGAAGACCUUGUGGGUGAGUCCUUGGCUGUUGAAGACGCCCUUGUAGGUUUGUUUGAUCACAGUGACCACACUCUUCAAAGGCGGGUAGUGGAGACAUAUGUGCGGAGGUUAUACCAGCCCUAUCUUGUGAAGGGAAGUGUCCGGAUGCAGUGGCAUCGAUCUGGUCUUAUUGCUUCCUGGGAGUUCUCCGAAGAACAUAUUGAGAAAAGAAAAGCUCCUGAAGACCAAGUGUGUGAUGAGCCAGUGGUAGAGAAACACUGCGAAAAGAGAUGGGGAGUCAUGGUUAUCAUCAAAUCUCUCCAGUUUCUACCAAAUGCAAUUAAUGCUGCAUUGAAGGAAGCUACCCAUUGCUCGAGUUUUGGUUCUCUUCGCGAGACAGUAUCAAAUGGAACUUUGGAACCGAAUAGCCAUGGUAACAUGCUGCAUAUCACAUUAGUUGGCAUCAACAAUCCUAUGUGUUUACUCCAGGAUAGUGGCGAUGAAGAUCAGGCUCAGGAAAGAGUAAAUAAACUAGCCAAGAUACUGAAAGAAAGAGAUGCGAGCUCCAGCCUUCGUGGUGCAGGUGUUGGGAUCAUCAGCUGUAUCAUACAGAGGGAUGAGGGGCGUGCACCCAUGCGGCACUCCUUCCACUGGUCAUCUGAAAAGCUUUACUAUGAAGAAGAACCCCUACUGCGCCAUUUGGAACCGCCUCUAUCAACUUUCCUUGAACUGGAUAAGCUUAAAGGCUACGAAAAUAUACAGUACACGCAAUCUCGGGAUCGCCAAUGGCAUAUCUACACUGUUGUGGACAAGCCAUAUAAUAUCCAAAGGAUGUUUCUUCGAACUCUUGUUAGGCAACCCAAUGCAGCUACAGGGUUUUCUUUAUCUCAAGGUCUUAAUGCAGAAACAACUGAAGCACAGCUGAAUAUGUCCUUCACUUCUAUCAGUGUAUUGAGGUCCUUAAUGGCAGCACUUGAAGAGUUAGAAUUACAUGUGCAUAAUGCAACAGUCAAAUCAGAGCAUGCCCAUAUGUACUUGUGCAUCUUACGCGAGCAACAGCUAGAUGAUCUUGUACCAUAUUCCAGGAGGGUUGAUAUAAAUCUCAGCCGAGCAGAAACUACAGUUGGCAUGAUCUUGGAAGAGCUAGCAUUGAAAAUCCAUGAAUCUGUUGGUGUAAGGAUGCAUAGGCUAGCUGUUUGUGAGUGGGAAGUGAAGCUUUGGCUGGCUUCUGUUGGACUUGCUAGUGGUGCUUGGAGGGUUGUAGUGACGAAUGUUACCGGUCACACUUGCACGGUGCAUAUAUAUCGAGAGCUAGAGGAUGCCGACACACAUGAAGUGGUCUUUCAUUCUGCCUUCUCUGUCUCCGGUCCUUUGCAUGGCAUGCCCGUGACUGCCCGUAAUCAGCCAUUGGCAGACAUUGACCGCAAGCGACUUCUGGCAAGGAAGAGCAACACUACUUACUGCUAUGAUUUUCCACUGGCAUUUGAAACGGCUUUGCAAAGAUUGUGGACGUCUCAUGUCCCGGGUGCUAACAAACCCAAGGACAGAGAUCUGCUGAAAGUCACAGAGCUGGUUUUUGCCAACAAACAAGGAGCAUGGGAUACUCCUCUGGUCCCUGUCAAGCGACCUGCUGCUCGCAAUGAUGUAGGCAUGGUAGCCUGGCGAAUGGAGAUGCGCACUCCUGAGUUCCCCAACGGAAGAACUAUUCUAAUUGUUGCGAAUGAUGUUACAUUUAAAGCUGGAUCCUUUGGUCCAAGAGAGGAUGCAUUCUUUCUCGCCGUAACCAACAUGGCUUGUGCGGAGAAACUGCCGUUAAUUUAUUUGGCAGCAAACUCUGGUGCGAGAAUUGGGGUGUCUGAAGAAGUGAAAGCUUGCUUCCGAGUCGGAUGGUCUGAUGAAACAACCCCAGAGCGCGGGUUUCAGUAUGUUUACUUGACCCCCGAAGAUUAUGCACACAUCAGUUCAUCUGUGAUAGCGCAUGAGUUGAAGCUUGAAAGUGGUGAAAUCAGAUGGGUCAUAGACACCAUCGUUGGAAAGGAGGACGGGUUGGGAGUUGAGAACUUAACUGGCAGCGGUGCCAUUGCUGGUGCUUAUUCAAGAUCGUACAGGGAGACUUUUACCUUGACGUAUGUAACUGGCCGAACAGUUGGCAUAGGUGCAUAUCUUGCUCGUCUUGGCAUGCGUUGCAUUCAGCGCCUUGAUCAGCCUAUAAUUCUGACGGGGUUUUCUGCACUGAACAAGCUUCUCGGGAGGGAAGUAUACAGCUCCCAUAUGCAACUAGGUGGCCCAAAAAUCAUGGCAACAAAUGGGGUCGUUCAUCUGACUGUGUCAGAUGAUCUUGAAGGUGUUUCAGCCAUUUUGAAUUGGCUCAGCUACGUACCACCCUACAUUGGCGGGCCACUUCCUGUCUUGGGUUCCUUGGACCCUCCGGAGAGGCCUGUGGAGUAUUUCCCAGAGAACUCGUGCGAUCCUCGUGCAGCUAUUUGUGGCAUUCAGGAUAACAGCGGCAAGUGGUUUGGCGGUAUUUUUGACAAAGAUAGCUUUGUAGAGACGCUGGAGGGUUGGGCUAGGACGGUGGUAACAGGAAGGGCAAAACUUGGAGGAAUACCUAUUGGAAUUGUUGCUGUCGAAACACAGACGGUGAUGCAAAUUAUCCCUGCGGACCCUGGUCAGCUUGAUUCUCAUGAAAGGGUUGUUCCCCAGGCAGGACAGGUCUGGUUUCCUGAUUCGGCCACCAAGACUGCUCAGGCACUGUUGGAUUUUAACAGAGAAGAGCUUCCACUUUUCAUCAUGGCCAACUGGAGAGGUUUCUCAGGUGGGCAGCGGGACCUCUUUGAAGGGAUUCUUCAGGCCGGCUCAACCAUUGUCGAGAACCUCCGAUCCUAUAAACAGCCAGUCUUUGUCUACAUCCCCAUGAUGGGCGAGCUUCGUGGAGGUGCAUGGGUUGUUGUCGACAGCAGAAUCAAUCCAGACCACAUUGAGAUGUAUGCAGAAAGGACUGCCAAAGGCAACGUUCUUGAACCAGAAGGGAUGAUCGAGAUCAAGUUCAGGUCGAAAGAGCUCCUGGAGUGCAUGGGUCGGCUUGACUCCGAAUUGAUUACACUGAAGGCGAAGCUUCAGGAGGCCAGGAGUGGCGGGGCCCCCAGUUCCGUACAAGCACUUCAACAGAGCAUAAGAUCUCGUGAGAAACAGCUUCUGCCAGUCUACACUCAGAUCGCAACCAAGUUUGCGGAAUUGCAUGACACUUCCCUCAGAAUGGCUGCGAAAGGGGUGAUCAGACAAGUUGUUGAUUGGGGGAGUUCCCGAUCGUUCUUUUACAAGAGACUAAACCGGAGAGUUUCAGAGGCGUCGCUGAUCAGGACUGUUAGAGAUGCUGCCGGUGAGCAGUUGUCUCAUAAAUCAGCAAUGGCCCUGAUCAAGAAAUGGUUCAUGGUGUCCCAGCCUGCCGAAGCCCAAGAGGACAUCUGGGAAGAUGACAAUGCUUUCUUUGCUUGGAAAGAUAACCCUCAAAACUAUGAGGAACACUUGCAGGAAUUGCGGGUUCAGAAGAUUACCCUUCAGCUAUCAAGUCUCAGUGAAUCCGUGUCAGAUUUGCGAGCUCUGCCUCAUGGUCUUGCUGCCCUUCUUCACAAGGUUGAAGCAUCGAGCCGAAUGCAGUUGAUCGAAGAUCUUAAGCAGGUUCUCAGCUGAUCCCACAUACUGCAGUCUGUGAUGGUUGUAGAUUUUGUUUCUUGGAAAGUGGACGUCAUCUGCUGUUAUGUAUUGCAUGUCAGGAAUAACAUCUGAUCACAGCCUAGUAAUGUUAAUUCACCCACAAUACAUGGGUAGGAGGUUCUCACCUUUCUCUCUGAGUUUUUAUUUAUGAAUUGCUGCUGCAAAUUGUAAAUUUUGGUAGA